AUGAAAGUGAAGGGCGAUAGACCUUUUAAGCUUUGCGUGUUAUUCGCGAACGGGACAGCGAGUUGGAACAUUGAAGAACAGGGCAAGUUCUCUUAUGGUAUCUAACAAGCAGACCUGGGAAAGCUGUUAGAUACAUCUAAUGCAUGAGUGGAAUAAAUAUACACUGCAUCUCGUCAACGACCUACCCACUCACAGCUAGCUAGCUCAACAAACUUGGAAAUAUCAAUCAUUAAAUGAAUUCCAACCUACCCCAAAAACUAGGUCACCAUCGUCGUGUUUCUAAAGCGAAGUAAACAUCGAAUAUAAACCCGAAAUAAGGGGCAUCAUCGUUGAAGGGAAAAAGAUAGCUCCGCGGGGAUACAUGCUCCAGAGUUCCAAAGUACAAACAGUGAGAAUAAGCCGCUGCUAAAGAGAGAUGUGAAAGUGUUUUCGUAGAGUGCGUCGCUUUAAAGGCAUCCAGCAGACACGUCAGCCAUAUAGGAAAUUUUCGUGGAAUAUGUUACAAGAUCACCCGGUAGCUUACACCACGGGGACCGUGUAUUCUUCACACUCACAUUACCAGAACGUGCCCAUCCCAUUAAGCCAAGCACUGCUUCGACAUCUUCCGUAGAUAACUUCCAGACGACACAGCAGGCAACAUCAGUUUUUUUUUCUCUCGUUCUACACGCUUCCUGCCAGUGGACAGGGAUAUUAACGCGUUACAACAUGGGUAAACUGGUAGCUUUUCAAAUACAUUUUGACCGGCAGCAUGCCGUAUACUCGGCGGGAGAUCUCAUUUCGGGAUACGUUCAAGUGGAUCUGACUGAAACCAAAUUUCUGAGGGGUAUAUACAUGCAGUUUGUUGGGCGUGCGAUGGUUAGCUGGACUGAGAUCGAGUCACGUGGCAAGUCAAAGGUCACCAUACCUUAUAUGGCGGGAGAGUGCUACUUCGACCAAAAUAUUCAGAUACUUGGAAAAGAACCAUGCGAAGAGAAUUACGACCACCAAAUACCCCUUGAGACCGGCGAUCAUCGAUUUCCCUUCGAGUUCCAGCUCCCAUCCCGCGUCUUGCCGUGUUCGUUCGAGGGAACCCUGGGCUACUCGAGGUUCUUCGCCCGAGCCGUCAUCGACAGGCCUUGGAAGUUCGACCACGUCACCAAGCGGGCUUUCACCAUCUCCGGCGUGUCGGUCGACUUGAAUAAAAUUCCAAGCGGAAUGAGCCCUGUGUACGCGGAAGACGAGAAGAUUGUAUGCUGUAUGUGCUGCGCAACAGGGCCUAUCAGCGUUUCUGCGCAUACGGAUAAGAAAUGCUACGUUCCCGGGGAAGUCGUGUAUAUUUCGGCGAACCUGGAAAACAAAAGUCGACGCAGUGUGUGUACGUUAGAGGCAGAACUAAUUCAGUCCGUGAACUACGGCGCCAGGAGAGAAGGGGUGGGCGCGCCAGGUUUCCGUACCACCUCACACGUCGUGAAGAGUAUCAGCUCGGAAGGGUGUGGUUCCUAUUCCAGAGCCACAUGGGUGCAGAAACCACUCGUCAUACCCCCUGUACCCGCCUCCGGUCUGGAGGGAUGCAGCUUCAUUGAUAUCAAAUAUUACAUUAAGUUUACAGCCGACGUAGCCACAACACCGUUCGAUGUUGAUCUCAUGUUAGAGAUCACUGUAGGUACAGAACCGCUAGAGGGCAGCUUCUUUGCUCGGUCAGUGGACGGUCAGAAUGCCAUGGCUAUCGCCGAUAUUCAUAUUGACCUGGGCAAGUCCGUGGACGAUCUUCACUCCUACGAGCAAUGUGCACAAGGCGCUCACGAAAUACGAGACGAGGAGGAUAACGAAUACGUGUACGGUGGACUAGGAUUUACCCCUCUCUACAACUUCUAUAAGACCCCGACGUCGACGCCCAUGCCGCCUCGACACCAGUACCUCGACGUCGUGACGUCUUCGCCCGACAAAUCAACAUCGGUUUGACACAGCCGAAGAAUUCAUUAUUAAGAAAAUAUAUUAACUUACUUAAUCGUCGUGGUGAUGGAAACAAACUCUGAGCGAAGACAAGGAUAACAAGUUGUCAUCUUUUCACCUCCCACAUAUGAUGAUGAUGGUGAUCCUGGGUUCUUGGGCGCUGUCAAAGUCUCCGCGCCGUGGUAUUCAAGGGGCUCCAAUGUUACUUGGACAUUGCGAAUCAACCAGAUCAUAGUAUCAAAGGAAAUCCUACCUGCCAGGAGCAUAUAUACAACCCCUGGGUCGAUAGAGGGUAUUGCUAAAAAAAAAUGCCUCUGCAUGACUACGAAACGCAAGGGCGCCAACUAACCGUGGAUAAACUUUGAAAGAGGAUACAAGUCUCUUGUCCUAAACGUGUUAACGAAAAUGCACACCAAAGAAGGGCAGAGUUUGUGCUACUUCCACAAAGUCAACAUUUAUGCUGAAACUUUUAGACGAGACAAGAAUGAGACAAGAACACAUAUUUGAAAGCGAGGUGGGGUUCACUUGGCUUUGGUAGGAAAUGCGAUCCGGGACAGCAAGUAUGGAUGGGUAUUGGUGGAUGGAUUAUCAUCAACUAAUUGUGGUAUAUUUUUAUGUAUCUCGUAUUGAAUAUGGAUUUUAUCAAUAGAAUACCAAGAUAAAUCUACAUGUAAUUUAUCCCUUUUAAGGGUACUUAUUCUGUAUUCAUCAAUCUUAUAUCAGCCUUGAAUAUUUACCUUUACGUGAUUUACGCCCUAAGCAUGAUUAGUGUUAGCGUGUACCAGGCUGAUACUGACAUGUCACUUUUCCAGGAACAAAAAAGUUUAGGGACGGAAAUAAAAGUUCUAUAAACGCUUGAACGUCCUCGAGGUGUUUUUCAAAUGUCUGGAGAACGUUGUGUGAUUAAUAGCUGGGAUGUAAGAUAAUGAGCUUACCAAAGGGUACACCUUUGAUGGAAAUCAUAAUGUGCAUGUUGCGGAUCCGGUAGUCGGGGGAGGGUCCAUCUAACAAGAUUUGUAGGCCCUUUUUUAAUCUAAUAAACGCUAACUAGCAAAAUGAGGUAUCAUACUUCAGAUAUAAAUUUAGUCCAAAUUUCAGACAAGCCAGCAAACACACACAAGACAAUGGGUUAUAGGCUUAUUUCUAAUGCGAUAUUGGGGACUCACGUUUCUGUGUGGGAGGCGGUCAUAAUAUAUAUGAGACACAUUUUUCUUUGUAUUUAUCAUGUACGUUAGAGAUUCAGAUUGUGUUUUAUAGGGUUAUAUGCCCCCCCCCCCCUCCCUCCUUUCCCCGCUCGUAGAUCCACCACUACAUGGUAACUAAUUCGGAUCGAUGUUGAUACAUCGGAAGUAGUGUCAAAUUUCAUAUCGACUCCACCUUGAAAAAAAUUACUGAUGCAGGUUUUCUUACAACUCAGGCGUAGGUGUAUAGAUUAACAUUGACUUCCUUGAAAUACUGCCAUUUAAAUCUACGCUUCCAUAUUUCAAUUUCUUUAAAUAUAAUCUUGCAUCAGAAUUAAAAGUUAAGAUUAACUCUACGGAAGAUUUAACAAUAAUAUUGUAUUUGCAGCAACCAAACUAAAGUGUUAUCCAUUACAUUACAGUUGAUACUUGAAUUGCAACGCAUGCUAUUUCACGAUUAUGGAAAAAAGUACAUUUUUGCACUAUAUUUAGGCAUAUAUUAGCAGGAAACAGUUGGAAAUACGAUAGUAAUAUGUUUUUAUACCGAUGUUAGAUAAAUCUUAUAUAUGUAAUAACUAUGAAAAUGUAUUAUCUGUAUGUAUGUUGUAAAUACACUUGACAUGAUAUUCAAUGCAUAUAUAUCUAUGUUUUUACGUUUCAACAAACUAUUAAACGAUAUAUUCCAACGAUAUUGAUAUGUAUCAUUGAUUGAUCAUACCUAUAAAAGAGAUAGAACAGUCAUCUUUCUUCUGUGAAUAAUUUGAAAUCUUGACCACAAUGUAUCAUAUCAUAACUUUAAAGAUUGUUUGAUGUGAUCCCAGGAAUAUAUACCUUUAAGCCAAACACUUUCACACUCAAUGGGUUCAUUAAUAUUGUCACGCAAGCACACUCAGAAAGCGAUGCAUAUUCAGUAUACGGUGGCGUAGCGCUUUGAGGCAAAAUAAGGAGGAAAGUAGACGCGAUAAUUUGUGUAUUCUAAAUAAACCAUUGCCCCCCCCCCCCCCCCCCAUGACAUCACCUCCGCGACACCAGUGUCUGUGAACAUAUCGAAGUAACGUAUUCUUCGUUUGAUAAGUCCGAUUACAAAAAUGGAUAAUGCUAAAUAUAUUGCAAAUUCUUCUUUCCAAUAUACAAGAAGUUUUCGUGUAAUUCAUUUAGAGUGUUAAACACCCGAUCAUUUGAUAACACAACCCCUCAUAUUACGAAGCAAUAAAGACGUGUUCACACACCA